AAGCCGCGCAGUAUGCACUAUGGGAAGUGGGCACCUAGAAGACUGAUAAACUAACAUAUCGCACCAAGCAAAUCAAUCAUUGAUUACGGAAGUGUGAUCCAGUUCGUAUUUCUACAACAACUUCUUCGCUGUCACUCUCUCAGUAUGAUCCACAGUUUUGACCCCUUCAAUAUCACAAUAGUAUAUUUCUGUACCAAUGACUUGUUUUGAUUUCAAUCAAAAGUGUUGUACAUAAGCAUAAUUAACAGUUUAUGUUUAAGAAGCCAUCACGAUCAAGAGAUCAGAACUCAUAGUUAUAAAUCACGACAACAAUAUUAAACCAAGACAGCCUCAUGAUGAUGAACGACGACCGGUUUUCUUGCGGGCUGCGCCUAGUUGGCUCAGAUGGCGAAAAAAGCAAGGACAAGCUUCUGGGGAUCACAACUGUGUCGCCAUCUGGGCUUCUUUGGGAGGCUGCUGGGACUAGUGGUGGAGGAAACCUUUUCUCGAACGAGAAAAAUAGCACAUCCUCGCUAUCUAGAAGCUCUUCAUCUGCGACGAUUAUUCCAACAGCUACAUCGUCAUCAUCUGCAUCGUCAAGCGCGUCUCCUACUCCUAAAAAUGCGAAGUUUUUGGCUCGAUGGCGGGAUAUCACCGACUUCCGCAUUGAGAAGAAAGAAGCUGGUAUCUUUCGCAGAGAAAAGUACAAACUACACAUGCGAUGUGCGAUUGUGUCUAGGAGUGAACGGGAUAUCGGCAACAAGAAGAGCUCAUCUACUACUAGGGAAGAACAAGAACCACAUGGAGGUGCUCCUGAUCCUCUGAGUUCAACAACAACUUUGCAGAAACAACAACAUGAAACAGAAGUUGGAGAAGCUACUUCGUCGAGCACAAGAAACAGCGUCCUGAGACAGAGAAUCUCAACGAGAUCCUCUCAUCCGUCCCUCUCCCCACGAGAGAAUCCUGCUGCCGAUCUCCACCAGCGUGACGAAGCUGAAAACGGUACUCGUGGUCUCAUCGCUCGACUAACCACUUACGUCUUCUCUCUACCAAGGCGAAUCCUAGAUAUCUGGUGGAGCUUCAUGACCUCGCUCCUGCUAUGGGACCUUGUGUGGCGACCGAUGAUGGGCAAACUGUUCAAUUACAACCUGAACAGAGAACAGCAACAAGGACAUGAGGCGCGUGGGGCGGAAGCAGAAAGAAAAGCGCCAGCUGUUGUACCAGACGUAGUUCAAGAUGAAGACCUCGUCCGAACAUCAACAAGAGCUUCUACGACAUUAGCAAGCGGGUUAGCCACUACAGUGAAGGGCGAGACCACGAAAGGCGAGUCGUCUCCCUCGCAUCGAGGACCGGGAGCUGAGAUAGGGAGCACAACAACUACUCGCACGAUCACGAUGUCCCCAGUGGACACGAUAUUAGGGGAAGACGCGAUAUCCUCACCUACAGUUGGUUCUUCUAGUACUAGCUCUUCAUCCUCCACCUCUUCCGCGCGUUCCUCAAGAGCUGGCUCGACUUCACAAGUAGAAGAUCAGCUUCAAUUUCGAAGCUACAUUUUCACUAGUUUUGAUGACCGUCGCAGCUUCGUUGAGUUCGUUGGCAGACUGCGGAGUGCUGUUAGAGCUGAAGCAGACAAGUUGCGGCAUAAACUGAAGAGAAAACAUGAGCAGUUCAAUGACUCGACGCCAGCUGGGGAGACCCGCGACAAAGAAAUUCUAGCCUUAGCAUUAGAGUAUCUGAGCAAACGCGCCCGCUCCCUAGCUCGUCUACUGGAUCAACUCGAUUUCAAGCGCGCAGAGGAAGGGAGUAGUACGACCACCAGUACGAGAAGUACUGCAGCGACUACGAAUUUUGACCUUACUACAACAACGUCCACUAUUUCGUGUUCGUCGACACCAACGAAACGCCUUCACAGCACCGACGCAGAAGAUAGUGGUACUUGUGACAACACUCUCGAAGGUUCCGUGCCUCGCCUACGACGAAGUAAUACAACAGGGACUAGCAUCCCUUCAUCAUCUUCAUCAACCUUGAUCAGCCCUCCAACCACUCGACCGAGCUGUGCAGCUGGCGGUGGCGCUGCUGAUAGCCGCGAUUCUAGAAUCAGUGAAGGUGGAGGUGCUGCUGGAUCCAAGGACAUCAAAUCUUCUCCCUCCAGUUCCUCAUCAUCUUCAUCCAGCAAAGUAAGAAGAACAAGCACCACUGCGAUAAUCACACCCGCCACAAAACCGCUUCCUCCUCCAGUAUGGAAUAAACUGCCUACUCCCUCCGAAGUAGGUGACCGAAAACAACUCGCAGAUGUAGUACUGCCUCUGACAGUGACUGAGUUUUUGGACAAUUUCGUCCGCAUUGGCGCUCCGUUCCCUUUCCACCGCGUGCCCAGCAAGGGUGGCACUCCGCUGCAGGAAACCCUCAUCGAAGGCGACUAUGUCCCUUUUCGAAACGGUGCAUAUGAGAACCAAGAAACCGGUGGCGAUCUACUCUUGGGUACAACUUAUCUUGUGAUUUAUAAAUAUUAGUACUUAUAGGGUUAGCGAUGGUUUGUGAAAUCCUUAAGGGACUCCUUUAAGUGGCUUCCUUAAGGAGAACGGUUUUCCUUAAGGAAUUCCUAUUACAAAAAGUUACUAUAACUUUCCUUAAGACGAAAAAUUUUCCGUAAGGAAGGGCCUUAAAGAAAAUCUGUUAUAGCCCUUGGCUAAUAUUAGGCCCCUCCUUAAGGGAUUCGCAAGGACUCGCAAGGCUCUCUAAAGCCCUUGCGCUGCUAGUGCUACGAGUUCAAAGGCACCGCGAACAUGUUGACGCGCUCGCGGCUGUUAGUUUGUAGGCUACUCACGUACCCAGCCACAUCUGCAGCAGGACACUACGCGCCCACCCUUAGCGAAUCGCCCCAACGAACUUCCAGCCGCUACCCUUGUCAUUUAUCGCCGAGCGCCUUUAUUCUUUUCCAAAAACUUCAGGGAGGUCAUUCAAAUACAGAGAAAACGGAACGACCUCCCUGAAGUUUUUGUGAAAAAGUUAGCUCGCUCCCCUUCCGCGACUACCUUCCGCACACAGCAAUCGACCACAGGAGCGCGCGGCAGCCCUUGGAGAUGGUUAACCAGUAUACUUUUAACCAGCACAAAAGUGGGAGACUUGUAGGGGAGAGGGUGAGCACCUGAAAGGGCAGAGGCUGGCGGGCGGGCGUCAUCGUGUUGACCCAUGAGAAGGCCAAAGAUUUACAGCUCUGCGCUUGAAAAUCGAAGCCGUGGAGGACGUCGAUGCUUGUGAGAAUGAUAGCCGUGCGCACUUGCAUAGCUGAAGGGCGGACCCUGGUGAGCAUCAUCAUACUUAUGAGAAAGCCAAAGAUAUACAUCUCUUUCUCUGGGCUUGAAAAUUGAAGCGGCUGAGGAUGUCGAUGUCUGUGAGAAUGAUAGCCGUGAGCACUUGCAUGGCUGAAGGGUGGACCUUGGUGAGCGUCAUCACAUCCAUGAGAAGGCCAAAGCGAUCCAUCUCCGUCCUUGAAAAUCGAAGCCGUUGAGGAUGUCGAUGUCUGUGAGAAUGAUAGCCAUGAGGAUUCGCAUGUCUGAAGGGUGGACCCUGGUGAGCGUCAUAAUAUCCAUGAGAAGGCCAAAGAUAUACAUCUGUGUGCGUGAAAGUCGAAGCCGUUGAGGAUGCCGAUGUCUGUGAGAAUGAUAGCCACGAGGACUCGCGUGUCUGAAGGAUGGACCCUGGUGAGCAUCAUCAUAUCCAUGAGAAGGCCAAGGAAUUACAUCUCUGCGCGUGAAAGUCGAAGCCGUUGAGGAUGUUGAUGACUGUGAGAGUAAUACGAUAGCCGUGAGGCCUGGCAUUUCUGAAGGGUGGACCCUUGUCAGCGUCAUCAUAUCCAUGAGAAGGCCAAGGAUAUGCGUGCGCAUCUCUGUGCGUGAAAGAAAAGCCGAAGCCGUUGGGGAUGUCGAUGUCUGUGAGAAUGAACGAUAGCCGUGAGGACUUGCAUGUCUGAAGGGUGGACCCUGGUGAGCAUCAUCAUAUCCAUGAGAACGGCAAAGGUAUACAUCUCUGCGCGUGAAAGUCGAAGCCGUUCUUGAGGAUGUCGAUGUCUGUGAGAAUGAUAGCCGUGAGGGCUUGCAUGGCUGAAGGGCGGACCCUGGUGAGCGUCAUUAUAUCCAUGAGAAGGCCAAAGAUGUGCGUCUCUGUGUGUGAAAGUCGAAGCCGUUGAGGAUGUCGAUGUCUGUGAGAAUGAUAGCUGUGAGCGCUUGCAUGUCUGAAGGGUGGACCCUGGUGAGCGUCAUCAUAUCCAUGAGAAGGCCAAAGAGAUCCAUCUCCGUGCUUGAAAAUCGGGGCCGUUGUGGAUGUCGCCUCCCCAGCCUUCCUCUCUUUGACACAGUGGGAGCCACCUUCCCAGCCUUGGCGAGCAGACUUGGCGACUUUUUUCGUUUGUCUUUCUGUCUCCUAGUAGUCAAUCUGUCUAGUUGUUAACCUAUGCCCGGCGCAGCGGGCCCUUGAUGGGCCCGCUUUCUGGGCAACAUGUGCAUCUAUAUCUUGUUCUUUUGCUGGUAUUGAUUUGCUUCAUUCGAAAAGACCCACAAGAACUUCAAUUAAGCAUGUUGUAAGUAAGUGUACUGCCUCGGGCAUCAAAAUCAAUGUUAAUGGGAACUACUUUGUUUUGUCUGCAACAACAAUCGACCUCAAGAACACUAAACAGAUUCCGGCGUCUCUUCCCAAGAGCACCCGCCGAAAGAGUUGCAUGCACCAUGGAUGAAGAGAUUUCAAGAAGAAUUGCGAAAUGGAAGAAAUGCGGUGACUGCAUCGAAAGAUGUUGUCGAAGCAGAAUUCCUUCGGAACCCGAAUCCUUCUAGAGGCAGUGGCAAGAGAGCAAGCCAGCAAGAUCCAAGCCUAGUGCGAUCAAAAGUGCCUUUUUGCACCGUCGGCGACCCAAUGGAAAGCUGCCCCACGAAGAUCUACAGACGGUACGUGCAAUACGUCGUGCCGACACCGAACAAAGUGGGACCGAAAAAAGCGAACGUACCUUUUUUUCUUGUUGACUUUGUUCUAGAAGUCCUCCAAAUGUUGAUCAUCUUGAUCUGUACUUCUAAACAACACGAACAACUUUAUUUUUCUCAGAUGGCCACCUCCAUCGAGUACUUUCGCGACGCAAAGGGCACUCUCUUUGUGAGCAUCCUGUUCGUAACCUACGACGCACCAACCGUAGACAGUUUCCGACUCGACCUGCAGUUGGAAAUCACACCGCUCCUUAGCAACGAUGGAUGUCCUCGUCUCCGUGUGAAAAGUUGGCUCGACGUACGGUGGAUCAAGUGGUGCCUCGUGGCAGGCUUGAUUCGGUCCACGUGCUUCGGUAACUUCGACAGCUGGGCGAGCAAAUGGGAGGCACAACUAGAUUUAGUCUUCAAGAAGAAGGAGAUGCUACUUAGUUCUUGUGCAUCUUCAGGGACGAGUAAGACCAACAAGACGAAUGCGAGUAGGAGAAGAUCCUCGACACAUGUACUGAAAAAGUCGUUCUCUUCCUCUCCAUCUGCUUCGCCAGUUGUAGGACCAGCAAGGAGCCCAGCACUCAUUCACAAAACAGAGCAGUCCCAACCUGUUGUUCCUGUUGAACUGCACCCGCUACAACCAUUAGCCUUGUCCACCAGCACUGCUGCUGGAGGUACAUUGCUUCCACCUACUUCAUCUUCUACUUCCACAACCGUCACCUCUUGUUCAUCUUCUGACUACAACGCGACCACCAUUAGUACUCUUAAGAGCACCCUUCCUUCUUCUCCAUCACCUUCACCCUCACCUUCACCCUCAGCUUCCACGACUGCCUUCAUCCACCGACACCCGAAUGCGACCUCUUACUUACUUGCAUUACUAUUCUUCAUUGUGAUCCUUCAAACCAUUGGCAUUGCUUACCUGCUUGUGGCGCUUCACCAACAUGUGCAGCUGGACUACAACACUCGGUCGAAUGCGAGCAACAACUUGUCGUGCAGCCCUGAGGCAAACUGUAGCGCUGACCAUAAUCCAGCACUCUCCAAUGGAGACUUCAAGUAAAGAUCUACAAGCUCGAUAUUGACUUGAUGUGGGCUUUUUCUCUGAUUCACUAUCUAAGGCCAUGAUGAUUCCUCUAGUUUUACUACAGGCGGAAACUAGGGAAGAAAACAAACAUAGAUAUUGAAGCAUGGAAAACACCUAGUGAAAAUGUACCAAGAAUGCAUGUAACCCCUUUCUGUAUGCCUAGAAGUAAUCGUUGUGCAGAUGAGACUACAGAAGGGCAAGGGCAUCGAUGUAGCAACAUCACCAUGCAACUAACUCAUCUUUUUGCUAUCUUUUUUAAGGCUGCUCCUAGUCCGAAGCUACAGAACAAGGUUUUUGUUACAAGAGGUAGAAUUACAGUGUUUGGGCCACGGGGUCGGGAAGACGAUGUGGUGUUCAACAUCCGUCGAGGUACUUAAAUGAAAAUGUUGUUGGAACAGAUACAGAUUCUGUACAGGUUCUUAGCGCCUGCUUCUCUCUCACACUGCAACUACACACAGCCGCUUCUGCUGCUCAGAUUUUGCUGUUAAUCGUAUGUAUCUUUUAUGCUGGUCUCAGACAUGAUAGAGAUCAUUCCCUAUCAUCAGUAUCGUCAUCAUGCUCGCCCCUCUAUGAUCGACGAUACGAAAGUGUAAUCAAACAUCCUCCAUCUUCACAAGUGUAAAUGUCAAAAAUCAAAUGUAUCAAAUGUCAAAAGUCUAAGGCCAUGCUGUCUCGAAUCAUCAAGUAGAAUGAAGAUGAUCGUAUUCUGUUAACAUUAUCAUAAUUUUUUUUUUUUGUGUAAAGGGCUAGCUCGGGCGUCUUACGUUCCCAAUGUAUGUUUUUUGUUUUUAUACAUAGUCAUAUUAGUAACUUAAAUGAACAACAACAAUAUGAAACUGGGAAUCCAUUCAUUGCGUGUGUGUCGUCUGCGUGUACGGCACUCGCAUACUUUGUAGUCACUACACAACCUCUUGGCGAGUAAGAAGUUUCGUUGCUUUAUUAGUUUAUCCCCAUGUUGGCAUAAGAUGAAGUCACACCACUUGUACUCAGUUCAUUGGUCCUCGCGUCGUGUGUCAUAACGAGAAGUGGCUGUAUAGAAGGAGCUCCUACACAUAGUUUGUGAUCAUGCAUGGUCGUGGUACUCGUCGCACACAGAACGAGAUGGGGGCACACACGCGAAGAGUCGCCUGACAUCAGGCAAGCAUGUAAAAGUAGAAGGUGUCCCAAAUCAACAUCAGAAGUUGAGGAAGGUGAAGUUGUAAGCUAUUAGAAGGAAGUAUUUUCAAUUCUUCUAAUUCAGAGGCAUGUUCGUGGGAGGUGUCGGUUAGAGGACUGGUAAGGUCGUAUUAUCGGAAGUAAAGGUGAUGGUUUCAUACUUCGGGAUGAAGGAGGUGGUCCUUGACUCGGAACAGAACUUCAUCAUAAACAUCUGUACCGAGUCGAGGACCACCCUCCCGCGGUGAUGGUAGCAUACUCUCCUGGGGAGCGGGAUAUUCACGGACUUCGAAAAAAUGAGUCACCGAAGAUGAGAUAUUAUGGAUUAUGUCGACUGUAAUAAAUAAGGUCUUGUUUUCGCCAAGCUGUCGCACCUAGCGUCCACGCUGAAGCGAGAUCUCCUG